UUUUAUAUAACAGUAAUAUUUACAUACAUGUUCUAUGUAACAAAUCUCUUUAUCGACAGAUUUAAAUUUAUCAAUAUUAAAAUUUUCAAUCUAAUGAGCGAUACAUCAAAUUACUCGCACAAUUUGUUUUAUAUUAAUAAGUUUUUGAAAAUAACAAGUAAAAUUAUUAACGAAAUUAAUAAAAACUUGGGAUGGACACUAUUGUUUUGUCAAUUCGGUGUAAUUGGGUUUACGAAUGACGUAAUUGAAAUGUUGAUAAAAGGAUCUGAGAAUUCAUUUCUUUUACUUUUUUAUUUAUUGUUUUUUUUGUUACUCGUGGUGUUGAUCUCGUUUCAAUGUAACAGAGUAGAAAAAUGUGGUGAAAAAAUUUCCAGAAUUUGUUACAAACUGCACUUUUUGGCGGAAGAUGAAGCGAUUAAACAAGAUUUAUUUGUAUUAGCUAUGUAUGCUAAACGUUGGAAACCCGUAUUUUCUGCAGCUGGAUUUAACAAUAUUAAUCAGUCUACUUUAAAUUUUCUAUUUUUUGCUGUUGUAACUAAUUUUGUUAUUAUAUUGCAAUUUGGUAACAUGACUAACAAUUAUUAA